CAAAUAGUUCGGAUCUAGAUUUACACAAGUCAAGCAUCCAUAGCAGUUCUUUUUGAAACAAGAUGGCGGACUCUGAGGAACCCGAAAACGUGGAGACUACUCCAGCUAACGAUGUUGUGGUUACAAAAUAUAAAAUGGCUGGUGAUAUGGUUAACGCCAUAUUAAAAGAGUUGAUUGCUAAAUGUAAAGUAGGGGUUACAGUUUUGGAGUUGUGUGAAUAUGGUGAUAGUCGUCUAAAUGAAGAAACGUCCAAAGUAUUUAAGAAAGACAAAGAAAUGAAGAAAGGCAUCGCCUUUCCAACAUGUGUGUCGAUCAACAAUUGUAUAUGCCAUUUCUCACCACUCAAGUCUGAUCCUCCAGUGACAAUUAAGGAAGGGGAUGUUGUUAAAAUUGACUUGGGAGCUCAUGUUGAUGGAUAUAUUGCAGUUGUUGCACACACUGUUGUUGUUGGUGCCAGCAAAGAGAACCCUGCAACUGGUAGAAAAGCUGAUGCUGUUUUAGCUGCCCAAAAAGCUCUAGAGGUAGCCUUGAGGCUUGUGAAGCCUGGCAACACAAAUUACAAUGCUACAGAUGGUGUACAGAAGGUAACAGAAGAUUUCAAAUGUAAACCAAUAGAAGGUAUGCUUUCACAUCAGUUGAAACGACACAUAAUUGAUGGUGAAAAGGCUUUUAUACAGAAUCCAACUGAAGCUCAGAGGAAAGAGCAUGAAUCCUGUGACUUUGAAGUCCAUGAAGUUUAUGCCAUUGAUAUCCUUGUGAGCUCUGGAGAAGGCAAGGGUAGGGAACUGGACACUAGAACAACAGUUUACAAAAAGAAAGACAUCAUUUAUCAGUUAAAGAUGAAAGCUUCAAGGCAGUUCUUGAGUGAGACAGAUAAGAAAUUCUUACUUAUGCCAUUCACUCUUCGGGCAUUUGAAGAUGAGAAGAAGGCAAAGAUGGGAGUACUUGAGUGUGUGAAACAUGACUUAAUGCAACCUUUUAAUGUUCUCUAUGAGAGAGAAGGUGAAUUUGUUGCUCAGUACAAACAGACAGUCAUUCUUAUGCCUAAUGGACCACUGAAGAUCACUGGAUUACCUUUGGAAGAAGGAUUCUUAAAAAGUGAAUACACAGUCAGUAACCCAGAAUCUGUGGCACUUCUUAGCACAUCUAUAUCAAAAAAAGCAGCCAAGAAGAAGAAAAAGAAGGCUGGUAAAUCUCUGGCAGAGACAACGGAGAAUGUUGCUGAUGCUGAAGAAGAGGAUUAAACAAUUAUUCCUUUUAGAACAGGACUUGUUGAAUACGAAACUACAUUGAUGGAUUAUUGGCCUUUCAGGGGAUUGGGUUGAGUUUAAUGCUACUGGACUAUCAAUGAGAAAGAACAGCAAAAAAAAAAACAACAUACAUCUCUUCUUGUUUUAAACCGUGUUUUUAGUGUGUAAGGGAUUGUAUGUCUUGAAAGCAGUAAUGAUGGUUUGACUGUGUUACUGUUUUACUUGGGAGAAGGCAUUGUGAUGAAAUAAACAUUUUAACUCUGGAUUGGUUUUUUUUUUUUUAAAGUAUUUUUUAAAAAAUUACUUUUUUGGUCAACAAUAUUUUUGUUUUAAACUCUUCAUAGAGAAAUGGUGCUGGUAACUAUUCAUUCCUAUUACCAGUAUUAAUGAAUCAGAUCUGUUGACUAUUCAGACUUGAAAGUAUGAAGUCUUCGAUAGUUUGUUUUUUCAAUGACAAUGAUACAGUAGAUAGAAGGCUGGAAUUAUUGUGAAUAAUUGGUAAAUUUUUUUAAAUAUUUAUUUUUAAAACUGGAAAGGUAUUUUUAGAUGGUUUAUUUUUUUUAUAACCUUAAAGGAUAUGGUACAUACUAGUUUUACUGGAACUGGUAGUUAAAAAUGAGAUUCUAGUAAUACCUGAAGAUAAUUGGGGAAAAGAUUAUCACGGUUAAAAGCACUUAUCAUAUAGGUUCAUGUAUAUUUAUCAUGAAUGAAUUGACUACUUUUUUUCUACUUUAAAGUUACAAAUACAUUAUGACAAGUAUUCAGCAUUUUAUUUUUUAUAAUGAUUAGUUGUUCUGUUCCAAUCCAUUGGAUAAAACAAAAAUCUCUUCAGUCAUCUCAGGGGAAAAUUCACUACUGGAUUAUUUGGAAAUUAAAAUGAUUGUUAAAUUGUAGCACUUGGUGUCCACUCUGUGUUGGACUAUAUCCAAUCAUGUUAACUUGUUUCAACUGACAGCAUUCUUGUAGAGCAGAAUGGCGCACAAUAGCAUCUUAAUGACUUCAAUUGACAAUAAAUGACUUUUUAUCAAGA